CCGGGGCCGCUCGCGGGCAUGGACAGCGCGGCGGCCACCGCCGCCUUCGUCCUGGACAAGCCGGCGCUGGGCCCCGGAGCGCCGGCGCCGCCACCCCCGCCGCCGGCGCCCGCGUUGGGGCAGGGCGAUUGCGCCCAGGCGCGCAAGAACUUCACCGUGAGCCACCUCCUGGACCUGGAGGAGGUGGCGGCGGCCGGGCGGCUGGCGGCGCGCCCCGCGGCCAGGGCCGGGGCGCCGGAGGGAGCGGCGCGGGAGCCGUCCGGGGCCAGCAGCGGCAGCGAGGCGGCGCCGCAGGACGGUGAGUGUCCCAGCCCCGGGCGCGGCGGCGCGGCCAAGCGCAAGAAGAAGCAGCGACGGAACCGCACCACGUUCAACAGCAGCCAGCUGCAGGCGCUGGAGCGCGUGUUCGAGCGCACGCACUACCCGGACGCCUUCGUGCGCGAGGAGCUGGCCCGGCGCGUCAACCUCAGCGAGGCGCGCGUGCAGGUCUGGUUUCAGAACCGUCGUGCCAAGUUUCGCCGGAACGAGCGGGCCAUGCUGGCCAACCGCUCCGCCUCGCUGCUCAAGUCCUACAGCCAGGAGGCUGCCAUUGAGCAGCCCGUGGCCCCCCGGCCCACCACCCUAAGCUCUGACUAUCUCUCCUGGACGGCCUCAUCUCCCUACAGCUCCGUGCCCUCCUACAGUCCAGGGAGUUCUGGUCCCGCGACCCCAGGGGUCAACAUGGCCAACAGCAUCGCCAGCCUGCGUCUCAAGGCCAAGGAGUUCAGCCUGCAUCACAGCCAAGUGCCCACGGUGAACUGAGGGCCGGCCCCGCCAGGAGCC